UUAGUAGAGUGACAGUAUUCCGCAGAGUAGUGCACUAGUAAACAGCGCAAGAGCUCAUCUUUUCCGUUCCGACUCAAUCGAAUCUUCGAGAACUUGACAUUUCUCAUUCCGAGCGACAUGCCAAUGGGUGCGCGGAAAACGCCGUUUAGCGGCAAAAAAAAGAAGGAACAGUUAAAGGCGAAGCGCGACCGGAAGGCUCCAACUCAAAGUACCUCGAAGGACGAUCCGCGCUCCUGUGGAGACACUCGCCACUCGAAGUCUUCUUCUGCUCUCAGCAGCUCAAAGGUCCCUUUGAGACCUAACACGGGUGGCAAGGAGUCGAAUUCCAGAAAGCAAAGAUACGCCCUGCUCUUUCAACAAAUGACGCCAGAUGAAAUUCAGGAAUUAAAACAGAGGUGCCGAGAGGUUUUCACUUACAAAGGAUCGCAAGCGUUGUACUUCACUCCUGGCGAUGUGCCGAACCUGCCCCUGCCGAAGAGGCCGCUCUGGGAUCAGACGUGGACGAAGAAGCAGCUCGAAGAAGCCGAAGCCAAAUACUUCCGUGUGUUCGUUGAUCAGGUUCUGUCGAUAUUUCUUUUCCAACAGCUACUGAAGGAUUAUCCGAAAAUAUCUUUCUUCGAGAUGAAUCUCGAAACAUGGCGUCAACUGUGGCGGGUUCUGGAGAAGAGUGAAAUUCUCUUGUUGAUCGCGGAUAUUCGAUACCCAAUAAUUCACGUUCCUAUUUCUCUCAUCGAGCAUAUACGAGAUUUGGGGAAGCAUCUCGUGAUCGUUCUCAACAAGAUUGAUCUAGUCCCACCUGAGGUGACCGCUCAUUGGGUCCAAUACCUUGAAGCACAACAUCCUGGUAUCAGAUGCGUCCCCUUCGCCAGCUACGCGGGAUGCAAAGCCUUGAAUCGUGGACGUCGAGGGAAGUUGCACUCUCCCGUCGACUCCUGCCUCGCUCUGUACUCUGCGAUCAGAGACAUUGUCUCGGAGACGAAAAUCGAGGUGGAUUUGUCAUCGUGGCAGCGGAAGAUUCUCGAAGAUGGCCUCCCCGGAGAUGAGGACGAAAUUCUUCAGAUAGGGACCGUAGACGAAAACGGGGAACCCACCCGACCCUCAGCUAAAUUCCUGACGGUCGGUAUGGUGGGCCAUCCCAAUGUUGGAAAGAGCUCAGUACUCAAUGCUCUCAUAGGAAAGAAGGUUGUUUCUGUGUCGAGAACGCCUGGGCACACGAAAUAUUUCCAAACCUAUUUCCUCACACAAACGCUGCGACUUUGCGACUCACCUGGUAUCGUAUUCCCCACAAUGCAUCCCAGAGAGCUGCAGGUUAUAUCUGGGAGUUUCCCCAUAUCGCAGCUCAGAGUGCCAUUGACAGUAGUUCAGUAUGUUGCGGAGCGCGUCCCCGUAGAGAGAAUACUGAAUUUGGAGAAACUUGAAACCACAGUGUCGGAGUGGUCAGCCAACGAAAUCUGUCAAUCGUUCGCGGAACAACGGGGCUACAUGACGGCUAUGGCCGGCCGUCCGGACGUCAACAGAGCUGCAAACCAAAUUCUGAGAAUGGCUCUGGACGGACGAACAAUUUGUGUUUCCUUCAAACCGCCCAGAGAUGAGGAGCUUGUGAUAGAUCCGGUGCUCCUCGCGAAGAUCACCAAGCUACGCGGUGAAAAAAUCGCGGAGGAAGAAGCUGCCGAAUCUUCCUUCUCGUCCGAUGAAGGCGAGGACGAUGAAGAUGCCGACGAUGAUGAAGACCAGGACGAUGGCUCCGACGAUCUGGGAAACAAGAAAACUGCGAAGAAAACUGUUGCGAAAGUGACGAACAAAUUCGCCACGCUUAUGACCGGGAGUACCGAUGAGGAGUCCAGUGAAGACGAGGAUUAGGACCAGCGUUGAUGAAAGCAAGCGGACAUGAGGGCGCCAGAGCACAGCCGCUCGUGGAACUCCGCGGGAGGAUACCGGAUCUUCAGGGAAUCCAGGGGGUUUCGCUCGCGUCGUAGCACAAGCCUCUCUCGCAGACGGAUCUUGACGUGCUUAUUCCCUAUCAAUUAGGUCGCCGUCGGGACCGGAAUC